CCCCAGUCUAGAUGUAUGGGAAGCAAGGAAACAAGGAGAGAAAAAGAUGCAAAAAUUUAAUAUUAGCAGUGAACCAAGAGCUUACGCUCCAGCUUUAUCUCAUGGCUUCAUCUCCAUUGAGAUCAGACUAGCAGUUAAUGGCAUAUGCAGUCAUCCAUUAAGACAGAGAACUUCGUUCAUGCAUUCAUUUUCUACCGCUUAUCCGAACUUCUCGGGUCACGGGGAGCCUGUGCCUAUCUCAGGCGUCAUCGGGCAUCAAGUCAGGAUACACCCUGGACGGAGUGCCAACCCAUCACAGGGCACACACACACACUCUCAUUCACUCAUGCAAUCACACACUAGGGACAAUUUUCCAGAGAUGCCAAUCAACCUACCAUGCAUGUCUUUGGAUCGGGGGAGGAAACCGGAGUACCCGGAGGAAACCCCCGCGGCACGGGGAGAACAUGCAAACUCCACACACAAGGUGGAGGCGGGAAUCGAACCCCCAACCCUGGAGGUGUGAGGCAAAUGUGCUAACCACUAAGCCACCGUGCCCCCCCUUUAUGAAUUGUUUUAUAUAUUUAUUUAUUUAUAGUUAUUAAUUCAAUUAAUAAACUGUAAGGUUUUCAUUUAGAAUCUCAAAAUCUUCCCAAUAUACUUUUCUAUCUGAAAAACAGUCUUGUUAUUAACAUCUCUUACUUUCCUUCCCACUUUUCCACCUCUCUGCUUAUCUGGGUUGACAGAUCUGUGAUUAUCACACUGUGUAUGAAAAUGUUUAAUCAAUGUUCAUUCAAGUUUGGAUUGCAGGUAUUAGUUGGUAGAUUGUAUGAUUUUCUGUCUGUAUUAAUUAAAUGAAUAUGGUAAACCACAUUUUUUUAAAGAAUGUUCUUGUUUCACUGAAAUGUUUUUCAAGAUCAUUUUCGUGCCUUUAAAAAGCACUGAUUAAAAAAACUGUGUAUGUUGGGUUACUUUAUUAUUGUUAUAUUGUUGUCUAAUACAGGAUUGUAUAGAGUAAAAUUGAAUGUUUUGAAAUCAGGCUGAGUUUAUAGAUUAUUUGUUUAUUUUAAAAUGCAGAUUAAGCCACUUCUCUCACUCAUACAGUAGCUGGCAACUUUCUGGGAAACAAAACUGAAACUAAUCUGUCCCUGUUUUUUUCCUUUUCUUUAUACACACUGUCUUCCACACGGCGUUUACAAACUGAACCAGGAAGUGUGAGCUGCUGUUACUGAUUGUGAGUGUUUGUUUUUCAGUAAAAUGGCAGAAGCGAAUAUUUUCGUUGCUCAGGAUCAUUUCAGCUGUCCAAUCUGUCUGGAUCUACUCAAGGAUCCAGUAGCUCUUUUGUGUGGACACAGUUUCUGUAUGGUCUGUAUUAAUGGCUGCUGGGAUCAGGAGGAUCAGCAGGGAGUCUAUAGCUGUCCUCAGUGUAGACAAACCUUCACUCCAAGACCUGCUGUGAGUAAAAACACCAUGCUGGCUGAAGUAGUGGAGACACUGAAGAAGACAGGACUCCAAGCUACACGUCCUGCUCAGUGUUCAGCUGGACCUGAAGAUGUGGAGUGUGAUUUCUGUAUUGAGAGUAAAUCCAAAGCCAUCAAGUCCUGCCUGGUGUGUCUGGCCUCUUUCUGUGAAACUCAUCUCCAGCCUCACUAUAAAUCUCCUGCCUUUAAGAAGCACAAGCUGGUCGAAGCCUCCAGACGACUCCAGGAUCAGAUCUGCUCUCAGCAUGACAAACUGCUGGAGGUUUACUGUUGCACUGACCAGCAGUGUAUCUGCAUGUUGUGUAGUAUUUAUGAACAUAAAGGACAUGAUACAGUAUCAGCUACAACAGGAAAAGCAGAGAAACAGAAGCAGUUGUUGGAGACACAGGAGAAAUCAAAGCAGAGAAUCCAGGAUAGAGAGAAGGAGCUUCAGAAGCUGAGAGAGGCUGUAAAGACUCAUAAGCAUUCUGCACAAAUGGCAUUUCAGGAAACUGAGAGGAUCUUUACUGAUCUUAUCAAAGCCAUUAAGAGAAGAUGCUCUGAUGUGAAAGCACUGAUCAGAGCUCAGGAGAAAGCUGAAGUGAGUCAAGCUGAAAAGGUCUUGAAGCAACUGGAGCAGGAGAUUGCAGAGCUGAAGAAGAGAGACUCUGAAAUGGAGGAACUUUCACACACAGAAGAUCCCAUCCAGUACCUUAAGAGAUUUCAGUCUGUCUCGACCCUCACUGGACCUUCAGACUCACCCAACAUUACGAUCAGUCCUCUAACUUUUGAGGGUGUCAUCAAGUCUGUGUCUCACCUGAAAAUGAAAAUAGAAGAAUGCUGUAAUGCUGAUUUUGAGGAGAUAUCAAGUGGAGUGAGAAAUGUCUGGAUUUUUCAAACUCCUGUUGCUGCUCACAUCUCUGCACCAGCCAAGGGCCUGACAGAACUCUAUGACAGAACUCGCCUGAAAGACUUGGUUUUGAACCCGAAACCUUGUACUUUAAGAAAAAAAAAAAACGUACUCCCAAAAAACAGAAGAAAGGUUCCUUCAGGUUACUCGUCUCAGACACAGUAUAUGGACUAUGACUCUUAUUCUCGCAGCACUAAAGAAAAAGAAGAAAAGUUACUUUCCCAUAAGCCUCCUCCUCUCAGAGACAGUAGAGCUGGUCCAGGAGUGCUUAAAAUGGCAGAAGCGAAUAUUUCAGGACUUCAAGAUCAGUUCAGGUGUCCAAUCUGUCUGGAUCUGGUCAAGGACCCAGUAACUCUUUUGUGUGGACACAGUUUCUGUAUGGUCUGUAUUAAUGGCUGCUGGGAUCAGGAGGAUCAGCAGGGAGUCUAUAGCUGUCCUCAGUGUAGACAAACCUUCACUUCAAGACCUGUUGUGAGUAAAAACACCAUGCUGGCUGAAGUAGUGGAGACACUGAAGAAGACAGGACUCCAAGCUCCUGCUCAUUGUCCAUCUGGACCUGAAGAUGUGGAGUGUGAUUUCUGUAUUGAGAGUAAAUCCAAAGCCAUCAAGUCCUGCCUGGUGUGUCUGGCCUCUUUCUGUGAAACUCAUCUCCAGCUUCACUAUAAAUCUCCUGCCUUUAAGAAGCACAAGCUGGUCGAAGCCUCCAGACGACUCCAGGAUCAGAUCUGCUCUCAGCAUGACAAACUGCUGGAGAAGCAGUUGUUGGAGAAACAGGAAAUAUCCAAGCAGAGAAUCCAGGAUAGAGAGAAGGAGCUUCAGAAGCUGAGGAAGGCUGUUGAGACUCACAAGAUGUGUUUAGAGCAGAAAAAGCUGUUUCAGCCCAUUCCCGUAGUGCAUGCUUUCCGAAGCCGCCGGAGAGCCCUAGCGAAAAUGAAAGAUAGCCUCUCAUUACACACAUGGGCUGACUUGGAGAACUGCAUGAGCCAUAAAAGGCGCAGUGACAUCCAGACGCGUGGUAUGUCACCGGAUCUAUAUGUAGACCCAGAUACUCUGGCUCCUGAGAUGGAGUCAAUCGACUGUGAUCGACUGUGGAAAACCAGUCACCCCUGCCCAUCGAGCAUUCUGAUUCACUCUGCACUGACAGCAGUUCUGGAAACUGAGAAAAUGUUUACAGAUAUGAUCUGUACCAUGGAGAAAAGAUCCUCUGAGGUGACACAGCUAAUCAGAGCUCAAGAGAAAGCUGCAGUGAGUCAAGCUGAAGAAAUCAUCAUGAAACUGGAGCAGGAGAUUGCAGAGCUGAAGAUGAGAGAAGCUGGAACGAAGGAGCUUUUACUCAUUGAGGAUCCCAUCCAAUACCUCCAGAGUUUUCAUUCUUUUGUGACCCCUCCUGGAGCUACAGAUUUACCAUCCACCGUGGUCAGUGCUUUCUUCUCUUUUGAUGAUCUAGUAAAGUCUGUGUCUCAGUCAAAAUUGAAGAUGGAGGCAUGCUUUGAGGAGCUGUUUGAGAAGAUAUCAAGUGAAGUGAAGAAAAUCCUGAUCCUGUCACCCCAAAGCAGAGAGGAAUUUCAACAGUAUUCCUGUCAACUCACACUGGAUCCCAACACAGCAAAUGCAAGCCUCCAGCUGUCUGAUUCAAACAGAAUGGCAACUUGCACAGAUGUCUACCCAUUUCAUGCUUUUGGUUAUGUACAUCCAGGGAGCUUUAACUGUUACACCCAGGUAUUUUGUAGUGAGAGUGUGUCUGGAGCCUGUUACUGGGAGGUGGAGUGGAGUGGGGAUUAUGGGGUUCAUAUAGCAAUGUCUUAUGAUGACAUCAGCAGGAAUGGAAGCAGUAAUGUAUGUGCGUUUGGAAGUAAUGAUAAGUCCUGGAGUUUGCUUUGCCAAUCAUCUGAUUACUCAUUCUUACACAACAACCAAGAAACUAAAAUCCCUGUGAACUCCAGCUCCUCUACAAUAGGAGUGUUUGUGGAUUACAAAGCAGGAACUCUGUCUUUCUACAGUGUUUCUGACAUGAUGAAGCUCCUCCACAAAGUUCACACCACAUUCACUCAGCCUCUUUACCCUGUAUUCGGCCUAACUAAAUAUUCAACAGUAAAACUGUGCCAGUGAAAAUAAAUAGUUUUGGAAUAGUUUAACACUGUAUGAUUUAUGUAACAAUGGAAAAAAAAUCAAGUCGUUUCGAUUCCAAUACCCCACCUUCCAAGAUGUCACUUGACAAACACACAACUGCUCAGUUGUAUGAAAACUUUCAUAAAUGGAAGUUGCUCUAUAACAUGUCAGCUGUUUGUAGUGAUAAAGAAUUGUGCAUGAUUAAGCAACUUGGAUGAUGUAUAAUGGGGCAGUUGUAUAUUAAACCAAGUGUAAAUAAUGACUCAAGCAAGAUCCUGGACACAAGCACAUGCCAUCUAGUAACGCAGCCUGAUUUACAUUAAUUGUAAAUGUAAUAAAUGCUUCCAUAGUGAAGAGGAUUCAGAAGCGUACAGUCAUCAGGAAAUAAGUUAAGAAGGUUUCCAGCCCAAAGCAGCAAUUUAGCUUGUACUUUAUUACACAAUUGAUGGAUUUCUGAGCUAAUAAAUACCCACUCCUGUAUAUCCCAUCUCUGUACCAAUGCUUUAUUGCUAACGCUGUUCAAACGUCAUUUUAAAACAAUUUUCAAAAUAAUGAUUCUCAAUGUUCUAUUUUAUUGUUAUACCUUUAACUCUUAAUCCAACUCAUUUUCCUUUUACUAUAAUUAUUAGUGAUACAUGUUUUGAUUUGUGAUGCUUUUUUUUACUUGGAGAAGAAUUCAGUGUGAUUAGAUUUUACAGAAACACCUAUGAAACAUCUUAUAGAGAAAUGUGACUUUUAUAUUCACACCAUUUAGGUUCCAGUCAUGUUAAAAUCUAACAAGUAAAUCCAAGGUGUUCUGUAUUUUUCUGUUUGUUUUCUUUUAUCUGUAUUUUUUAUUUUUUUUACAGCCUGAAACUGCUCACUGUGUUUAAUAUUAGGUCAUAUAAACUAAUAGAACUUAAGAUAGAAGAAAAACAGGGUUGCAGAUAAUAUUAUAUAAUGCAUUGGCAUCUUAUUUGUUGUUGAAAUGUACUUUACUAUGUUUAAUAAACUUUACUAGAAUUGCAGAACUAA